AUGCCCAGCCUGCAUGACCUGGACAUCCGUUCUAUCCUUGAUUGGAGUUAUUACAUAGAGAGGUUGGGCAGUGCAAUCCAGAAAAUCAUCACCAUCCCUGCAGCCCUGCAGCAGGUGAAAAACCCUGUUCCAAGAGUUCGGCAUCCCGACUGGCUUCAUAAGAAACUGCUGGAGAAAAACGAUAUCUAUAAACAAAAGAAAAUAAGUGAGCUGUUUACCAGUGAGGGCAAGAGGCAGGUGGGUUCAUCUGACUGUAAAAAGGACUUUAAAGACUCUGAACAGAUAGAGUUUGACUCAAAUGUUUCCAAUCAGUCUCGGUUCUUUUUUUUUUCUGCUGGCAGGUUGGCUGCAGAGUUCAAGCGUUUGGGCUCCACUGUUGUGUACGGAAACUUCAACAGGAUCAUCUUGUGCACCAAAAAGCGGAGAAUUGAUGACGCCGUUGCUUAUGUAGAAUACAUCACCAACAGCAUUCACUGCAGGGAAAUCUUCCACUCUUUGUCCAUCUCUUUCUCCCGAUGCUGGCAGUUCCUGCUGUGGAUGGACCCCUCCAACUAUGGAGGCGUUAAGGGAAAGGUGUCCUCUGAUGUCUUGUAUGGCGAGGACCAAACCAAACAAAAGAAAACCCGACAAGAGGAGGGAGACGAGGAUGGCAGUGAGGAUGAAGAUGAGGACAAUGCUGAGGAAGAGGAGGAUGAAGGGAGCGAUGACGUUGAGAACCUAAUUGAGAGCAACUGGAACAUCAUGCAUUAUCUUCCCCAGACAGCUUCCUGUCAGCAAUAUUUCCUCAUGAUUGUCUCAGCCUACAUUGCUGCUGUGUACCACAGCAUGAAGGAGGAACUGAGACGUAAUGCUCCUGGAGCAACGCCGGUCAAGAGGCGUGGAGGCAGUCAGGCUUCCCAGCAGGCAUUGGGGGACUCGACUGCACUUCCUGGAAUGAUCUCCUUUUCCCAAGAAUAUGUAGCCAGCGA